UAUCCAGGCUUCCCCUCAGCGCGGGUGGCUCCCCUCACUCUGCCUCACCACUGGAAUGAGACCCGCUGGAGCUUGGCGUAGUCCCGCCCUACUGGAGGCCUAGCUACCUCAACCUCAACCUCGGCCUCCAACACUCAGUACCGACAUUCACAACGUACAAAAACUGUGCACCUCAAGAAGUGUUGUGAAAAAUAGAAAAUAAAAACCGUAUUUGUAAUCACAGAAAACAGGUGUCAAUUGAAUGAAACACGGAAUUACCUACAACAUCUUGACAAAGUAAACUGGUUAUAGAUACGACCACAGAUAUCAUGGCAAUCUCGAAAUACGUAACUAGUUUAAAUACACACCUGAAGUGAAAUAGAGAUAUAUUCCUUUAUGAAAAAUCGACACUAGUUACAGGUGAUUAUGUUGGUAAAUAGAGUUGUUUAGUUCUGAAAGUUCGUCAGUAUGUCUGGGAGAGGCAAGUGGAUAGAAUGGGUAGAGAGUGUACCCAGUUUCUACAUGGCGUCCGAACCAGGGCCUUCAUGGAGGUAUAAUUCGUCUGUUCCUGCCAGUGUUACCACCACAGCUCUCACCACUACCACGCCCACUAUCCCAGCAACUAUCACCACAACCUCUGAUGCCAGGGUGGUGAGGAGGAAUCGUCGUGGUGUUGCUGUUACUACUGCUACUGGUGGUGAUGGUGAUGCCAAAGCUUCAACAUCAGCGCCUCCUUCAGCCUCCAACGAACGUGUGGUGUUAGGUGUCAUCCCUUCCAUCCCAACAAACUACGCCACUGCCUCCACUACAAAUGUCAACACCACGUCUACAAAUGUUACUGCCAACUCUCCCUACGUCACCGCCACCACUACCUACGUCACUGCCACGCCUUCUUACGUCACCGACACCUCAACUUACGUCGUCUCUUCUUCGGGUUUCGUCGUCACUUCUCCUACCUAUGUCACCGCCACCCCGGCCUCCAGCAACUACCAGCGUGUCUACUAUGCAACACACAGGUACUAGUAAUAACAAUUUGGGGAUUUUAGGUACAAUAUUUCUCUCCUGUGACGCCACUAGCAGUCGAUUCACCUGCAUACGGAAGAUGAUCAGGUGAUUAUGUAAACACGAUGAGUUACCUGGCCGUGUUUACGUCACACGCCUGGUGGCCACUGAGGUAACUAUUAAC